AGAGUUCAGUCAGACAACUUUUUGUGUAAUCCUGUCGCUAAUGGCAUAACUCAGCUGUACAAGUAUGCCAAAGGGAUCACUCCAGUCUCAUCUACAGCCUUGCUGGAAGUGCCAGGUUCUCGGAUGUCAUCCCUUAUCACCAGCAUUGAAUUCAACCACACUAUGGCAUUCAUUGGAACAUCAAAAGGAAACCUAUUUAAAGUCCACGUCGAAAAUAGCACCACAGCCAGACUGUAUGAGAGAGUGCCUCUAGAUACCAGCCCAGUACUGACGGAUAUCAAGAUAAAUGACACAAGCAGAGAGAUGCAUGUACUCACUGAACAAAAGUUGAUCAAGAUGCGUGCUGAGAACUGUAGUCAGUAUACCAACUGUGAGGCGUGUAUUGGGACUGAUGCAGGGAAUGAUGGAGACCCAUACUGUGGAUGGUGCACUCUCGAAAGAAAGUGUUCAAGAUAUUCCGACUGUGACUUGCCAGAUGUAUCCACUCGCUGGUUGGCCUACAAUGCUGCUCAAUGCAUUAAUAUCACCGAUGUUGCUCCUUAUGACAGCUUGCCAAUCACUGUCACGGAACAACAGAUCAAGCUGAGUGUACAACAGUUACCUUACCUAGCGACUGACCAGAGUUAUGAAUGUUACUUUGGAUCGUACCGAUCUCCUGCUACAAAGACUGGUGAAAUGCUUAAUUGUACAUCUCCACCUAGUGAUGGGAUACCUUCCAUUCAGCAAAGAGAUGACGCUGUCAGCGUUGACCUAAGUGUCUAUUCUACGGAAACAAUGGUCCAUUUCAUCGAUACCAGCUUUCACUUCUACAACUGCUCAGUUUUUACAUCCUGCGUAUCCUGCGUUGGUAGUCGCUGGGCCUGUGACUGGUGUGUGUUUGACAACAGAUGUACUCAUGAAAGCUCCACGUGCACUAAAGCUAAUGAAAUCAUCAUUAUUGGGAAAAAUAAUCCAGAGGGACCUAAAUCAUGUCCACAGCUGGAAGCUCAAAGUGGUGAAGUUCUUCUGCCUAAUGGAAUCCAGAGAAGUAUUACAGUCAGGACUGAAAAUCUGCCAAAUGCAACUCAGAUUUCUAGCUAUGGUUGUAGCUUGGACAUCGAGGGUGUACCUCAGACUGUCAUGGCACGACGUUAUGGAACGGAUAUCACAUGUGAGCAGAAAGCUUACACGUAUUUGUCGAAUACUGAGCCAGAGCUCGAAGUGAGGCUGACUGUUACUUGGACUGACACGUCUGGUGCAGCACAUAUCCUUGAUGACAUACAUGGGUUUAAUGCAACUCUGUACAAAUGUGAAGUCCAGAAACCAGACUGCAGCCGAUGUGUUACAGCCCGUCCAGAGCUUGGAUGUCUGUGGUGCGGUGCCAUGCCAUCCGUAUCGGGUGUUUGUAAGCUGAAUGAAACUUGCAAUGAAAAUGUUGUGACCUUGUAUAAUGGAGUGAACUGUCCUGAUCCAGUUCUCAACGAGGUGUUUCCUUUGACUGGACCAAUUGAAGGCAAUACAAUCCUUGCCGUAAUGGGAACUGACAUCGGUCGACGAUUUAAUGAUGUUGUGGCUGUGAUGGUUGGCAAUCAGUCCUGUGAUCUGGACGGAUUCAGCUCAGACUAUGUCAUUGGUGCAAGUGUCAGCUGCAGGACAAGACCAGAACGUGAAGGAAAUGAGUCGGUCAGUUUGACAAUCAAGGGGGCAGAUGGUACACUGCAGAACAGCUCUGGAACUGUUAACUUUCACUACACAGUAAGUUACAGUGGUUAAUGCUAAAAAACGCAUACAGGAUAGCAUGCUGACACCA